AUGUCUGUUUGGGCACAACUACAAGAACUGCCCGAAGAGGCCCAACAACAGGUGCACCAGACAUAUGGAGAGCAGUUCCCGAUCGAAGUUCGCUGUGCUUUAGCGCAAUGGAUAGAAGAGAAGCCGUGGAAGGACUUGGAUGCAGACAAUCCACAGCACGAGGCGUACGCGUCGACUCUGGUGUCGUCCCUGAUCUCGGAGAUUGAGGCGAAGGCCAACUCCACGGAAAACUUUGUCACAAAAUUCAAGUUAACGCAAAGCGCGCAGAACUUCCGACUCAAUUACUCGCACAACCCCUUCAUAUUAGUCCGUAUUGUCAAACACUGUCUGAACACUGAGGCCAAAGUGAUCCAACAGUCGCAGAACUACUUGAAUAUCUCUAACCACGAGACCAAACCUCUCAUCAGAGAUCCGCAGCAAGAGAUCACUCAACAGAUGGAGAAGUUGAGGAAACAGACGAUAGAGACGGAGGAAGAGUUGCGACGAAUGCGCGAAGACCAGGAACAGUUCAUCAUUCAGUUCCAGGAGAACCAGAAGAGGCAGAUGACUAUCCAACAACUCAAUUGCCAACAAAACCAAAACAUUGAACUCAUCAACAAAUGGCAGAAAGAGAAGGAUUCGUUGGACAACGCGUUGAGACUUAAGGCCUCACAGCUGUUCCAAAUGCGAAUGGCGCUCAUCCAGAGACAUACCGACACUUUCGGCGCUCUCCAGAGCCUUCAACAGCGAGUUCUCGACGAAGAACUCAUUAAUUGGAAGCGCGCGCAACAGUUGUGCGGAAAUGCAGUGCCUUUUGACAACAAUUUUGAGUUGCGACGAAUGCGCGAAGAACAGGAACAGUUCAUCAUUCAGUUCCAGGAGAACCAGAAGAGGCAGAUGACUAUCCAACAACUCAAUUGCCAACAAAACCAAAACAUUGAACUCAUCAACAAAUUGCAGAAAGAGAAGGAGUUGUUGGACAACGCGUUGAGACAUAAGGCCUCACAGCUGUUCCAAAUGCGAAUGGCGCUCAUCCAGAGACAUACCGACACUUUCGGCGCUCUCCAGAGACAUACCGACACUUUCGGCGCUCUCCAGAGCCUUCAACAGCGAGUUCUCGACGAAGAACUCAUUAAUUGGAAGCGCGCGCAACAGUUGUGCGGAAAUGCAGUGCCUUUUGACAACAAUUUAGAUCAAAUCCAGGAGUGGUGUGAAGUGUUGGCUGAAGUGAUUUGGGCCAACAGGCAGCAGAUGAAGAGGAUCGCAGACAUGUGCUCUCAGUUGCCGUUAGGGCCCAACACAUCCAAUGGACACACAGAACAACUGCAACUCCUAAACAAACAGAUCACGAGUUUGUUGUCUAAUUUGGUGACCUCGACCUUCAUCAUCGAGAAACAGCCGCCACAAGUCAUGAAGACUAAUACCCGGUUCACAUCAACGGUCCGACUGCUGGUCGGCGGCAAACUUAACGUGAAUAUGACUCCGCCUCAGGUGAAGGUGACGAUCAUCAGUGAAUCUCAGGCCAACUCCAUGAUUAAGAACGAUCAGGUGUCCAGCGGUGAGGCCAGUGGGGAGAUCCUCAACAACUCCGGGACUAUGGAAUACCACUCCGCCAGCAGACAACUGUCCGUCAACUUCCGUAAUAUGCAGUUAAGGAAAAUAAAACGCGCGGAGAAAAAGGGGACGGAAUCAGUGAUGGACGAGAAGUUCUCUCUCCUGUUUCAGUCCAAAUUCAAUGUCGGCGGAGGGGAACUGGUGUUCCAAGUCUGGACCCUUUCACUCCCAGUUGUGGUCAUAGUUCAUGGCAAUCAGGAACCACAUGCCUGGGCAACAGUUACCUGGGAUAACGCAUUUGCUGCACCGGGAAGGACUCCGUUUGUAGUGCCAGAGAAGGUGCCGUUCAGUCAAGUGGGAGAAGUGUUGAGUCAGAAAUACAAGGGUGCGAUCGGACGGGGUUUGAGUGAAGAGAACCUGCGAUUCUUAGCGGGAAAGGCGUUCAGAAAUCCAAAUUUGCAGGACUGGCCCAACCAGUUGUUGAGUUGGUCUCUAUUUAGCAAAGAGCCCCUUCCGGACCGCAGUUUUACGUUUUGGGAGUGGUUUUACGCCAUCCUUAAGGUCACACGAGAACACCUGCGCGGCCUCUGGAAUGACGGAUCAGUUAUGGGAUUCGUUUGGCGCCGACAGGCAGAAGAGAUGCUGUCCAAGAGGUCGAGCGGCACUUUCCUAUUGAGAUACAGCGACUCAGAGUUGGGUGGAGUGACGGUGGCCUGGAUUGCUGAGGGACAGGAGGGCAACGAGACAUAUAUGUUACAGCCGUUCACUUCGCGAGACUUUCAAAUCAGAGGACUCGCCGAUCGCAUCAAUGACUUGAAACACUUGACUUAUUUGUAUCCGGAUAUACCUAAAGAUCAGGCGUUUUCCAAAUACUACACCCCUUUCAAUGACAGUCAGCCGUCGUCUUCGAAUGGAUACGUGAAGCCAGUGUUGGUUACAUUCAUUCCCGGUUGGUCGGGUAACAGUCCAUUUGACUCGUACCCAAACACCCCGCAAUCGGUUCUGCAUAACCCGCACUCUCCGAGCGACGGUUCCCUCUCAUAUCAUGACAACCCUUCAAUCCAGAGUGCGUCCAAUGACUGCGCUAUGAAUGCUGUCGGAGGAAUGGGAGGAACUGUUGACGAUUACACAGAUUUAAUGUCUAUGGAUUUGGUGUCUGAUAUGGACGCUCCGGUCGACUUCUCCUCCAUUAAUGUCUCCGAUCUCAUGUCUUACAGCAAGUCUUCAUGAGAUCAUUACAAACAAACAGAUAAUAUAAACAUUUAUUGAUUUUGAGAUUAUAGUGAUUUCCAGAUAUUAGAACCAAUUGCAAGCGUUUUAAUAGCAAUUAAUAUUAAUAGCAUUUGUUUGUAAUUUCUCAAAGCAACUAAGACUAAGAUAUUUUUAAAGCUCGAGAGUGCAAUAUACCUCUAAAAAUGCAUUUUGACUGUUAGUGCCAUAAGUGUUACAUUUUCACAUGUAGUAGAUAUACAGUAGUUGUUCAUUACUUUAGCUUCAAUUCAGUCCUAAGCCCUAUUAGUGCCUCACAUUCUGAGUGUUUAUUUUAUUCUAUAAAUUAAUAUUCAUAUUUUUGAGUACAAAGUGAUUGCAAGAUCUCUGAGAAAUAAUUCAAUAUUCAAAUGUUCAAAGAAAUCGAUGCUAAGAAUGGUAAACAAAUAGCAAGUUUUUGCAAAACAUUAUUUUAUUCACACAGUAUUUGAAAAUGAAUUCAAAUUCUAACACAC